GUUUGCCGGACGAUAUGUGCUAUCGAUUGGAUCAUGUUUUGCACAGAACUAAAGCGAUGUCAAAGAGACAACACCGACUAUACUCCGUGUCUUCAGUCGAAAGGAAUCCACUCCACAUUUAGAGUGCCUCACAUCUCACACCACAGGACUAGGAUCAGUGUCUCUCUGUGUCUCCCAGUUCUCAACUCCACACAGUAUUAUUAAGGAUGUAUGAAAACGCACCCGCCCUGGUGGCACCGCAGGGGGUCUUGGCCGAUCGUAGGACAACCCAGGAGGAGAUGCUGGGCCAGACCAGGCAGGUGAUCCAGGGGAUGGAGGCCCUGAGACUGGAGCACCACUCUCUCCUGGAGGGCCUACUGGGGAGCCUGCACUGCCUGGAAGUGGAGGGGAGCCAGAACCACGAGGAGCCCAGCCCUGCCCAGGAGAAGGCCAGGGCCAUCCACCGCUCGCUGGACACCCUAGAGCUUGGGCUGGGCGAAGCGCAGGUCAUGCUGGCCCUGUCGGCCCACCUUAGCAUGGUGGAGGCGGAGAAGCAGAAGCUGCGUGCUCAGGUGAGGCAGCUGUGCCAGGAGAACCAGUGGCUGCGGGAUGAGCUGGCGGGGGCACAGUGGAGGCUGCAGGAGAGCGAGCAGAGUGUGGCGCAGCUGGAAGAAGAAAGGAGGCACCUGGAGUUCAUGAGCUGCCUCCGGCGAUAUGACGACGACAGCGAUGACCUUUCGUCCCCCGAAGAGAUUGAUUCCAGCAAGGAAACACUGGAUGACCUCUUCCCCAAUGAUGAAGAGGAGAACCAGGGCCAUGGCAUUCAGCAGCACAGUAGCAAUGUGGCGAUGGCAGCCGCCAACCAGGGUGGCUACGAGAUUCCAGCCCGUCUGUGUACGCUCCACAACCUGGUGAUCCAGUACGCCUCGCAGGGUCGCUACGAGGUGGCUGUGCCCCUCUGCAAACAGGCCCUUGAGGACCUGGAGAAGACCUCCGGACACGAGCAUCCAGACGUGGCCACCAUGCUCAACAUCCUGGCCCUGGUCUACAGGGACCAGAAUAAGUACAAAGAGGCAGCCAACCUUCUCAACGACUCGCUGGCGGUUCGGGAGAGGACCCUUGGCAGGGACCACCCGGCGGUGGCCGCUACACUCAACAACCUGGCUGUGCUCUAUGGGAAGAGUGGCAGGUACAAGGAGGCCGAGCCACUGUGUAAACGAGCGCUGGAGAUUAGGGAGAAGAUACUGGGUAAGGAGCAUCCUGACGUGGCCAAGCAGCUGAACAACCUGGCCUUGCUGUGCCAGAACCAGGGGAAGUAUAGAGAGGUGGAGCAGCACUACCAACGUGCCCUGGACAUCUACCAGACCAGGCUUAGCCCCGAUGACCCCAACAUGGCUAAAACCAAGAACAAGCUGGCCUCCUGUUACCUAAAGCAAGGGAAGUUUAAACAAGCAGAGGUGCUGUACAAAGAGAUCCUAACCCAUGCCCACGAGAAGGCCAGUGGCUCUACAAAUGGGGAGGUCAAGUCCAUCUGGAUGCAGGCAGAGGAGAGGGAGGAACAGGGCAGAAAGAGAGAAGGCCUGUCUAUAGGAGAUCAAGGUAGCUGGGACAGGACUGGCAAAGUGGACAGUGCCACCAUGACCAGCACCCUGAGGAACUUGGGAGCCCUCUACAGGCGACAGGGCAAACUGAAGGCAGCAGAGACACUGGAGGCAGCGGCCACACACACCCCUAAACAAAGCCAGAAGCGGUGUGUUCUAGCUGCCGAGGCCCCCAGCAACAGCGCGGCCAUGGAGAAGCAAUGCAGCAGUAGUGAGAGCCUGACCUCUGAGGUGAUCACGGUGAAGUACGACAGUGGCCUACACGGAGGAGAGGUGGUCAACCUCAGUCUGGAAUGGAACGGGGACGACUGUGGCUCCCUGAAGAGAAGCGUCUCCUUCAGUAAGCUACGCGCCUCCAUCCGACGGAGCAGUGAGAAGCUCGUCCGCCGACUGAAGGGGGACAAAAACCCUGGCUAACCAGCCCCAAGUCUGACUAAGCUUCAGUUCACACCCUUGCCACAACAGAGGGAGGGAGAGGGUGGGCAGUGGGCAUGUAUGGUGCACCAAGGCCCAGGCCUCAAUUAAACCAUGCCUAACCCCUAACCCCUAACCCCUAACCCCCAGGCACUUGUAGAUCUGAAAGCAUUGGAUAGGUAUAAACAAUAUACAAUAUAGUGGAAAUUCCAUCUGGCAAGCUGGGCCAUAUUGCUAAAUCCAAUACUUUCUGAAAUACGGUGAUGAUGCGCCUAGGCCGUGGUUGUUUCAAACUGAGCCCCAUUGUCUUACAUCAGAUAGUGUAACUUUUGUUUGCACUGAUCGGUAGAAGGACUAACAGUCGAAGUAGGCGUGGCGCCACCUGUUGAAAGACAAUGACUGAAUCCUAGCCCUUAGCUACCAUUUGUUGGUACCCUUUUGAUUCCCUUUCAACAUGACUGGACUGAACAAAGCUGUAGAUGGAACGCUUGGCUAUUACCGUCCCAACCCUAAAGCAUUGUGAGACUCUGAUACGGUACCGUCGCCUUAUUCUAUGCCAGCCAUAUUUGCACCACCUGGGUAUUGGUGAUGUAAUGGUAGCUCAAGCUUGUUUGCUUUUACAUUUACAUUUACAUUUACGUCAUUUAGCAGACGCUCUUAUCCAGAGCGACUUACAUGAGCAAUUUCUAGUCCUUCCCUAUCAUAAAGUGCCCAGUGGCAGAAGCUAUUGUAGGGAUGGCUUCAAACUAUUGAGAUGCACCCUUUGAUUAUCUGAUUAUCACCCCUACGGGUUAGAACACUUCAGGAAGGCGGUCACAUGUGUUUGCGAGGCAGAGGUCCCGAGUUCGAAGUCUCGAUAUGAGUCGGUCAAGGGGAAGCGGUACUCGCUAAGCAAGCAGCGUGACGUCCUUUAUACAUGUAGUAGACAUGACUUGGCUCAAGCUAUUGACAUUCUCAACCCUUUAAUUUACGUUUCAUUUAAUGUCUUGUUUAUAUCUGAACAUUUCUCUGUAAAAACUGUUGAAAUUAGAGAAAUGUUUAAGAGCAAAUUUGUGCACAUUUUCAUGUGUGAUUUUUAAACACCUGCUGGACGAAAAAAGUAGAGCAUUUGUAACUGUAGUUUCAUUUAUAUAUACACGAGUAUACCAAACAUUAGGAACACCUUCCUAAUAUUGAGUUGCAACCCCCCCUUUUGCCCUCAGAACAGCCUCAA